AUGUCUCCAAAGAACCAAGCUCAGGAAACAAGUCGGCACCUGAAGCAACGUAUGUUCUUGGUUGAUCUUGAGUCUUCCAUCCAGAAUAUUGAUGUGCACAAACUUGACGUGACUCGACUCAAGAAAUUGAACGUCAACCUCUGCCGUGUGACUCUCGAUCAAAACUCGGAGCUCAAGCCACACUUCUUUGCGCCAAGACACGACAUCCCGCAACCCAGCGAUGAGAUACUCGAUGAGGCCUGUUCACCUGAGAAUCCUGCUUUUACAGACCCAUACAAUCGUGCAUAUGUCACUCAUAUCUACUGGCAAUCUUAUGCCUUCCACGAUGUAGAUUUCCUCGAUAGCGCGCCUUGGGUCCUGGUGACUAUACCCCCUUGCGGGAGCCUGUACCAGUACGAUUCUCCCGCAUUUGGCACUUUUAGCACGACCGAUAUUGCUGGGGGCCAAUUUCCGCAUUUUAAAGCAGUCAUAUACAACGACUUGGAGGCGGACAAUGAAACUUGUUUCCGUGGAGAGCUCUUGAUCAUCCUUCGCCUAAUGUUGGGUCAAUUAAAAAAGAUUCGCUUGCUUCACCAUCAUAAAGCACCGGUUUUACUCAUCUCAUUGGCAGGCAAGCGUGCACGCGUAUUGGAGGCCUAUUUUGAUGAGGGAUCACAAUCCCUUAUCGUACGCUCUUCUGGUCUGUACGGAUUAUCCGACCGGAUGUCGACAUCCAAAACGUUCAAGACCCUCGCUGAGUAUUACCUCGGCGAUCUAGCAGGGAAUACGGUGUAA